AUGGUGGCAAUUGCGAAGAGAGCUGCAUUUCUGGCCUCCCUGUUCCUGGGGCAGUCUGUAGUAGCCUUGACGCCAGCAGAAUGGCGCAGUCAGUCAAUCUACUUUCUUCUAACUGAUCGCUUUGGCCGGGAAGAUAAUUCCACCACUGCUUCAUGUGACCUCAGCGAGAGGAUCUAUUGCGGUGGCAGUUGGCAAGGAAUUAUCAACCAUCUGGACUAUAUUCAAGGGAUGGGAUUUACUGCCAUUUGGAUCACGCCAGUGACGGAACAACUUCCCCAAGAUACUGGAGAAGGAGAAGCGUACCACGGAUACUGGCAACAGGAGAUAUACAGCGUCAACUCAAAUUAUGGCACUGCGGCCGAUCUUUUGGCCCUCUCAGAGGCUCUGCAUGAUCGAGGAAUGUAUCUUAUGGUAGACGUAGUCGCGAACCACAUGGGAUAUGCCGGAGCAGGUGACAGUGUUGACUAUAGUGUGUUCAGUCCGUUUGACUCAUCAUCAUAUUUCCACUCCUACUGCCUAAUCAGCGACUACUCCAAUCAGGAAAACGUGGAGGACUGCUGGCUCGGCGAUACAACGGUCUCUCUCCCAGAUUUAAAUACGGACUUGACCUCUGUUCAGACACUUUGGUACGACUGGGUGGCCGACUUGGUGUCAAACUAUUCUAUCGACGGCCUUCGCAUCGACACUGUCAAGCAUGUACAGGAAUCAUUCUGGCCAGGCUAUAAUAGUGCUGCUGGUGUCUAUUGUGUCGGCGAAGUCUUUGAUGGCGACCCAGCUUAUACAUGCCCGUAUCAAAACUAUCUGGAUGCUGUUUUGAAUUAUCCAAUAUACUAUCAGCUCCUAUAUGCAUUCGAAUCUUCUAGCGGCAGUAUCAGUGGUCUCUAUGACAUGAUUAGCUCCGUGGCAUCCGAUUGUGCCGAUCCAACCCUACUUGGAAAUUUCAUUGAAAAUCACGACAAUCCUCGUUUUGCGUCCUAUACGGAUGAUUAUUCUCAGGCUAAGAAUGUUAUUUCCUUUGUGUUUCUCUCUGAUGGCAUUCCUAUCAUCUACGCUGGCCAAGAGCAACACUAUAGUGGUGGUAGUGACCCCGAAAACCGUGAGGCAACCUGGUUAUCGGGAUAUUCGACAACUGCCGAGCUCUACCAAUUCAUCGCCACGACAAAUAAGAUUCGUGCCCUUGCGGUUUCCUCAGACUCCUCGUAUAUCACAACUAAGAAUGACCCAUUCUAUACAGACAGUAAUACGAUUGCUAUGCAAAAGGGAUCAAGUGGCUCGCAGGUUGUUACAGUGCUCUCGAACAUGGGUGCCUCUGGCAGUUCAUACACUCUGACACUCAGCGGUAGCGGGUAUGCUUCUGGCACGGAGCUUAUGGAGAUGUAUACAUGUACCUCCGUGACCGUGGAUUCUAGCGGGAAUAUUGCAGUCCCGAUGGCAUCUGGAUUACCUCGAGUCUUCAUGUUGGCCUCUUCUGCCGGUUCACUUUGUGGCUCUUCAACCACAACAACCACAUCCAAGAUCACCUCCACGACUUCCACGUCUUCCACGUCUUCGACAAGCACUAGUUGUACUCAGACUACAGAUGUACCUGUUCUUUUUAAAGAGCUUGUGACUACAACAUACGGGGAGGACAUUUAUAUUUCAGGCUCUAUUAGCGAACUCGGAGACUGGGACACCGCGAACGCCGUUGCACUAUCUUCAAGUGGCUAUACGUCAUCAAAUCCUUUGUGGCAGGUCGUCGUAAGUAUUCCCGCUGGGACCUCGUUUGAGUAUAAAUUUUUCGAGACGGGCAGCUCCAGUUCGGUGACAUGGGAGAGCGACCCUAACCGGUCGUAUACGGUGCCUACCGCCUGCUCUGGGUCAACUGCGACAGUGACGGCAACGUGGAGGUAG